ACUGACGUUCCUAUCGCGAGGUUAUCACAUUAGCUUGGUUAGUUAAGCUAGCCGCGAAAAAGCUUGACUGUGUAGCCGCAGUUUACAGUUUUAUUCUUCUUUUAGCACUGAAAAGGACAACGCGCAUAGUUGGUUUGAUUUGUCUUGUCACGUCUGCAAGAAAGGACAAACGUCGGGCCUUGUGUUUGCACGGAUCCCAAUGAUGAGUUAUGCUGAAAAGCCUGAAGACAUCACAAAAGAAGAGUGGAUGGACAAAUUAAACAAUGUACAUAUUCAGAGGGCGGACAUGAAUCGGCUCAUUAUGAAUUACCUGGUGACAGAGGGGUUCAAAGAGGCUGCGGAGAAGUUCCGGAUGGAGUCUGGGAUCGAGCCGAGCGUGGACCUGGACUCUCUGGAUGAAAGGAUAAAGAUUAGAGAGAUGAUCUUGAAGGGACAGAUACAGGAAGCUAUUGCACUCAUCAACAGCCUACACCCAGAGCUGCUUGACACCAAUCGAUACUUGUAUUUUCAUCUGCAGCAGCAACAUUUGAUUGAGUUAAUCAGGCUAAGGGAGACUGAGUCAGCGUUGGAGUUCGCCCAGACACAACUGGCCGAGCAGGGGGAGGAGAGCCGCGAGUGUCUGACAGAGAUGGAGAGAACACUAGCCCUGUUGGCCUUUGACAACCCAGAGGAGUCGCCCUUUGGAGAUCUGCUCAAUAUGAUGCAGCGGCAAAAGGUGUGGAGCGAGGUGAACCAAGCUGUGCUGGACUAUGAAAACAGGGAGUCGACGCCCAAGCUGGCUAAACUCCUGAAGUUACUGCUGUGGGCACAGAACGAGCUGGACCAGAAGAAGGUGAAAUAUCCCAAAAUGACUGACCUUAGCACGGGCACCAUCGAGGACCCCAAGUGAACAUAACAGACAAGAACAACCACCUUCCACGUCCCCUUAAUUUAUGAUCAGUCAGUGACUGUGUGACAACCAGGUAACAUAUAUGUAUAAACAAAUGCUACAUUGUUUUUUCAUGUUUCAUUCAGGAGAGUCAAGACUUCACUCAUUGUGCAGACUGUAAAUUGCUGUAAUUGCAAAGUGACAGAAAUUAUUUAGUUUAAAUACAGAUCCUGGAUUUUUAGAAAGAUCUCGGAGACAACAAAAUUCAAAUUGCUGUUUUAUAUUUUGUCUUUCUAAAGCCUAAGCCAGUAAGUAGUAUUAUUUAUUGUGACAAUUUUUCCCCACCGUAACAUUAUUUUGCCAGAAAGAGAGUGGGUGGUAUAAAUGAAUAAUGUUAAUACUGUGGCGUGUGUGGAGCCUAAAUAUAGGCUGCAGAGGAUGGAAGAAAGUACGAUGGUAUAAAGUUUGCAGACACACAAUUAGCCUUUUUAGGGAAGAAAUGUUUCGAAUGAGAUCGAGGACGCUGCAGGACUGUAGAUGUAUCUUUGUUGACGUUUGAAAUCUAAAUUUCUUACCCAAAAUGUGACUAUUUUUCAAUUAAAUGGAAAGAUGGACUUUAUUCAUGUAAUACAGUUUUAAUUCAUGUUAAUAUUUCAGAAUUUUAUUUAGUAUGAUGUUGAAGUGAUUUGAAAAAGAAUCGACCACUUGCUUUCCACACAUGAAGAUCUGAUUGUAACUUUACAAUAUGUCUUUAUAUUCUGCUGGUCUCAUUUCACACGUGUGUGUCGGGGAGGGUGAAAUAGGUCCUGACUGACUGGUUGAAAUCAGAGAUGGUUUUCUUGCCGAGUUGCGCCCCGUUUGGCUUCUUCCCAGCCUAGGGUAUGCAUUGCCCCCCAACGUGCUCCAAAUGAUUAAAUUUGGUUUUAUGUUACAAGGGGUCCAGUUUAGAAUAAGCUCCAGCCAGUCUAAGUGAUAGAAGCACGAUUUAUACGCUGCUCGAGAGGAACGGCUGCUGCAACCAAGAAAAGCAAAUGAAUGACGGGGCUGUCAGUUAUUGCUUCUCUCUAGUUUGAAAACUCGCAUUUAAAAUCCAUUCAGACUAGAACAGAUUCUUCUGUUCAUCGGCUUUGUUCUGGUUAUCAAUAACAAUGAUCACAAGCAUUGAAAUUUUGAAUCUGAACUAACUGGCAUUUUGAAAAGAACUUUCUGUCCAUUUUGCCACUUUUAAAGCCGUUAGUAUUUUCACUUUAACUGCAUGUAAGUGUAUCUUUUUUUUUUCAAUGGGAAAAGGCACUUGUGCUUGUUUAUUUUGUUUAUUUUGUUUACUUUUAUAAAAAAAAAAAGACAAACUUGCUGCUAGUUGUCCAUCCUUAAUUUCUUUUAAAGGACCAGUGUGUAGGAUUUAGUGGCAUCUAGUGGUGAGGUGGCAGAUUGCAACCAACUGAAUACACC